GGGUGCUUUAUGGACGAGGCUGUGGAGUGAUUUAGCGUUUGUCAUUGGGAAGCUCUGGCAGCUUUGUGGGAGAAGAUCACGUAGAUCCUGCCAGGACCUGGGGGUGAGAGGUCAAGGGUGAAAGGGCUCAACGUCGCCCGCACGACGCGACCCGCGCGGUGGUGAGAAAUGGCCAAACAUCAUCCGGACCUGAUCUUCUGCCGCAAGCAGGCGGGAGUGGCUAUUGGAAGACUGUGUGAAAAAUGUGAUGGUAAAUGCGUGAUCUGUGACUCAUAUGUGCGACCCUGCACACUUGUGCGCAUAUGUGAUGAGUGUAACUAUGGGUCGUACCAAGGGCGCUGUGUGAUCUGUGGAGGUCCAGGAGUCUCUGAUGCCUAUUACUGCAAGGAGUGCACCAUCCAGGAGAAGGAUAGGGAUGGCUGCCCUAAGAUCGUCAAUCUGGGCAGUUCCAAGACAGAUCUCUUUUACGAGCGCAAGAAGUACGGCUUCAAGAAGAGGUGAUCCACCCUUGGUGCUGCUAUGCCCGCUGCAGGGUUGGGGAAAGGGUCUUAAGGCAUCUCUGGACUUCACUGUUAUUGAGAACCAAUUAAUCUUCUCUAAAGUCUUACAAGUUAUAUUAUGUGUGAGGGGUGGAAGAAGAAACAAAAUUGACUGGGGAUUGGAACCUGAUAGCUGAGUACUGCAGAUGGCAAAAGUAGGCUACUGAUUCUUGCCUUCUCUCAAGCGUGGCUAGUGUCUGCCACACAGCUCUGCAAAAUGCCUGGUGGGCAAGCACUUACAUUCUAAAGGGAUCUGCUCUCCUAUCAAGGUGUAGCACUGCUUUUACACGUCUUGUCCCCUUUCUGGAAUUGGGGGGUCACCUGCAGUUCUCCUUUCCGUGCACUCCCUCUCCGUUGAUAAGAAGUCUUCUCCCCUGGCCACACCCCCAAAGUCUGAAGAAUGAGUUCAGACUGCCGACCCACUGAAACUCUCUAUGUAUUGUUAUGCAGGGAGGCUAGCAUGCUCAUGGCUGAUGCCCUUUUCAUAUGAGCACAACCAUUACAUGUCCCUAUGUUUUCUUCAACUGAUUAACCGAAGGCCCUUUCUGUAACUAUCUCUGCAAAAUGUACACCAAUAAAGUUUUUUUCCUUUUUCUAA